AUGGCGGCGCCGAAGGAACAGUCCUCCGACAAACUCGCGCUGAGCGACCGUGAGGUCCAACUUGCCGUCAUUGCCUGGCAGUGCAUCGAAGGUGACGCCAAGAUCCAGCUGGACAAGUUCGCCCGUCUUGCCCAGUACGCCACCACCGAGAGUGCCCGCACCAACUGGAGUCGCAUCAAGUCCAAGCUCAAGGCCAUCGGCGAGGCGCGCGACAACGAUGGCACCAGUCAUGAAAGUGACCAUCAGAUCAACGACGGCGAGGGCAGUGCCAAGAAGAAGGCCACACCUCGCAAGCGCAAGGCCGCGGAAGGCGAGAGCACCGAGGAGCAGAACGGCGGCACCGAGGGCAGUCCGGCUGGCAAGGCAGCCAAGCGCCGCCGCCCACGCCCGGUCAAGGCCACCAAGUCAGUCAAAGCGGAGGAGGGCGAAUAUGAGUGA